CGAACACCGCCGAGCUCGAGCGGUCCACAAACCCGACAUCAACCGAAAGUGCUCAGCUACUCCCGAUCUGGUCCCAUUGAAGUCUGUUGUUGUGAGGUUGGGGGUGAUGGGGUGGACGAGAUUAAUGAAAUAAAGGAAAAAGCGGCUUCCAUCACUCCUGGGCCCCUCCCUGCCUGCUGCUUUUCGGAUUCGGAGCUUGACAAAGAGUCUUCAAGAUGAAAGUAAUCAGCGCUGCAGUGCUUAGCGCCCUGUUCUGCACUGUUGUGUCAGCAUCUUUGAAAGUCACAGAGGAGCACAAGAAGGUCUUUUUUGGUGAGGACAUUCACAUCAAUGUCCCGCCUGGCAACUUCGGAGAGGUUGUGUUCAAACCUGCCGCCAACGGCUCCUCAGAGGUGUUUCUGAUGAAGGCGGGUCAGGUGAUGAAUUAUACUAAGACCCCCCUGAAAAUUCCGGGUCAUCUGGUGCUGCGGGGCGUGCAGGAGGAGGACGAGGGCGUCUACACCAUCAGGAACACCAACAACUCCGACUCAGUCAAACACCUCAUCCUCGAGGUCAGGGACUGCGCUUUGGAGCAGAAAGUGAAGUAUGGAGAGAACUACAACAUCCCUCUCAACCACAUCGAAGGCCCCAUCACCCUGCAGUUCAGGCCCAGUAUGAUUAAAAUCAACCAGACACAGGUACAGCACACCACAGAGCCUCCGCUCAUGGUGCUGUACAACAAGACGACGGUGCUGGUGGAGGAAUAUGUUGGACGCCUCAGCAUGUCGGAGAAGCGAGUGACUCUGCACUCGGUCAGGAUGACGGAUGAAGGCAGCUUCACGGUGCUGGACCGAGAUGGGAACAUCAAGAUCAGGGAAUGUCUGAAUGUCAAAGAGCACCAGAACUUCUUGCGAGCCUCCUAUGGAGAAAACCUGAAGAUGAGACUCUACCUGCACUACUCCAACCUUAACAUCGUCUACAGGCCUAAAUCUGACAACCAGGACCGGGUCAUCCUGGACCAGGGGGUUCUGGUGACGCCGCUGGACCCUCAGCUGGAGGGUCGGCUGACUGUGGAGCGUUCAGACCUCAUCAUUAAGAAAAUCCAGAUGGCCGACGCAGGUGUCUUCAAAGUGACGGACCUGGCUGGGUUUUCAGUGGCCGAUAUCUACAUAGACAUCAACGCCUAUAAGCUGCCUCCGCUGACCGUGGCCAUCCUCUCCCUGAUCGGCCUCAUCGCCUUCAUGCUGCUCGUCUGUCUGCUGUCCUGCUUGUACAAAGUGCACAAGAGGAACGAGAAGAACAAGAAGCUGACGCUCCUCGCUCAGCAGGCCGGGAAGGGGGACGGCGAUGCAUUCAGACAGGUCGUCCAUGAGGCUUACAGCAGGUUCACUGAAGAAUCUCUGAUGCAGUCUGUGAGUGAAAAACCCUCGGAGAGCACAGAGGUCACCAUCAAGGGUCUUGAAGUGUCCAAACCAGGCCGCUACCAGGCUCUGAACUCGGACAACUUCCUGGAGAUGAGUGACUCUGGGGUCGAGUUCACCACCUCUGGCAUCCCCCUGGACAGCGACACCGACGCAGCCAUGACCUACGCCUCCCACAAGCCCCUCCUGACCGCCGUGUCGCCCACCGCCAUGGCGGCAGAGGCUCCCUCCGACAGCCUGGCGGCCACCGUGGUCCCUGACGGCGACUUCAGCGCCACCAGAACCCCCGACUCUGCCAUGAGCGCCAGCCCUGCCUCCAACCCUCGCUCGCUGGCAGCUGGAACUCCUGACGGCAGCCUGCGGGGCGCUGCGUCGCCGGGAACCGCCUCCAGGGGCACUGCUGAGUCGGAUUCAGCCCAGACAGAAGGAGGAGCUGAGAGCGGAGAAGGUGGGCAGAAGGAGGAGUCAGCUCAGAGCACCUGAGAGGAAACACCAGGGUGUCAUUAUUUUUUUUAUAGCUCCUUAAACAUCCACGACCAUCUGGCAGGAACAUUUUCAAACCCAAACACCACCCAGUCCCUCGUCACUGCACUUGAAACAUCACAGACAAAAUAUUCAAGCUUGGAUCCGGAUGUCAGUGUAGCCUAGAAGAAAAUAAUAACAAAAAGGCCGUUGCACAAAAUGCACAAUACACAGUUAAAUGCACUGAAAAAUGAAGCGCAGAAGAGUAACCCCAAGCUCUGUCAAAAGAACAGAACAAAGCCGCUGUGUGCGUAUGGAAAAUGCAUGCAUUUAAAUGAAACAUUAACGUAGACAUCGUAGCUCAGAGCUACAGGAAAACGCUGACAUUAGACUAGACUGCAUGCAGGCUUCAACGGGCCGAAGAGGCACAGGCUCCAAGAGAAGCUAUUGAUGACAUGAAAAGGGUAAAAACACUCUCAGCACUUUUAGGAAAACACCAAAAUGCGAUCAAAUGAGUUUAACGUCUGCCAAAAGGUUGUCAGAAAAAAUGCCUGGAGUUUGACAGUUUGACAGUCAGACGUUGUUUCCUGAGGCUGAGGCUACUAACAGCAGCAGCGUUUCUUCAUGGAGGUGACGCUGUGUUGCCUCUGACAGCACUUUUGUCUGCUCUCACUUGCAUCAGACAAACUCUGCCAUGAUUGCAUUUCAACCCACCCACACACUGACUCUAUUAUUAACAGUACAAGCAUGUCAGAACAGCGUCUCCACAGCUCAGACAGAAGUGCUUGUUUCAGCACUCGCUCGCCGUAUCCAUGAGAAUGAUCUACUCGAGGUGUUAUUUCUCAAAAAAAAAAACCAAAAAAAAAACCUGCAAACUGAAACAAGCUCGGCUAGAUUGAGUAGCACCGCCGGUUGUUUUCCUUUCCUCUUGCAUCUCAGACGUCAAAUCUGCCACAUUUGAAGGCAUCAUCUCGCUGAAAGCCCUGUUGAAGCGUCCACCUCACCUCAGUCCCACUAAUGAAGAACGCCCACCAGAACAACAGCUGACUGCAGAAAGUCUCCUCAUCUGUUUUUAUCUCCCUCCCACUUGUCCUCCUCCCUUGGUGGAGCUGUCACAACCUCUGUCAGAGGGAAAAAUAAAAUUCAGAGCACACUGUGCAGCACUUCUGGGACUUUUGGAAGCGCUCCCGAGAACCUAAUUGGAUUCUCGGUCUCUUCUGCAGACGGACCAAUUCACGGACACCGUCGAGUGAGGAGCGGUGAUAAAAGAGACGACAGAGAUGGAACAGGGUGCUAUGCGGGGAGCAGAUAAAUGACUUGCAUGAUUUAAAGCCUCCUAUUUUCAUCUCAGCCCCCCAAUCCAUCUCACGGAGCUCUGAUUAUUGUAGCCCAGUUGUUGCCAAAAUGAAGUGAGCGGAGAGACGCAGUUGGAUCAGUGUGUGAUAAGGCCUCAAUAGAACGAGGCUGAAUAAGUGCUAUAAGCGGAGGAGGGUGUUCAUACAAACCGAGCAACAAUAUUGGACAUUCAACACGGAGACAUGAGCACACUGAAGUAGGAAAUGAAAAAGGAGGACAUUCUUGCGGCAUAAAAGUUCAGAUUUAAUGGUUAAAUCAAUAUUAAUAACCUGCAAAUGGUGAAUCUGUACAUUUGUUGCCGGUGCUUUAUGACUUCUAGCCCUCCAUAUAACUCGGUGAAAGCAUUAUGAUGGUGUCUGGCUUUAUAUUUGUUUAACCACUGAAGCAGAAAAGGCCGCUUUAUACAUGUUGAGUUGCUCUCUGAAAACCUUUUUUAUCAAUCCAAGGGCAUUAAAAUGUCAACAAAUGAUGCUGCAGGUUUGUUUAAGAGCUCCACAGCAUGUUGGCAGCACCCAGAGGAAAAGUCUUACUGCUCAGAGUUUGGUAUUCUAUAGCUUAGGAGAAAAAAAUUGUGAUUCUCAUUUCAGCCUGGUUUUAGUUUGCAUUUGGUAUGAUAGGAUUCUCAUGCUUUUCUCCUGAAAUUCACUAGAUAGAGGUGAGAAAGGAGGAGAACAAGUAGCAACAGGACUCUCACUUGAGAUAUGCACCAAUCAGCCACAAUAUUAUGACCACUGGCAGGUGAAGUGAAUAUCAUCCAUCAUAUUGGUACCAUGUGGUGUUCUGCUGGAAGACCUUGGAUGUUGGUGCUGAUGAGACUUAGACGCCCAAAUAAACAUUGUCCCAGAACAAGCGCACUCCUUCAUGCAAAUAACAAUCCUAAAUGUCACUGGUCUACCCCUGCCAGGAAAACGCACCAAACCACAUCACAAAAACCUGGUGCCAGACCCCAUAGGACACCCUGAGAGGUCCUCUGGUCCCAAUGGUUCAGACAACAUAAGGGGGACCAACACAGUUUUAGGCAGGUGGUCUGAAUGUUAUGCCUGAUCGGUGUAUAGGAGAUAAUUCCACUAAUGGCUCUAUUUUUUCUCAACUGAGCUACAUGUCAGUCGUAUAUGAACUUUAUUUCAUACAAACAUAUCACAACCACUGUAUUUAAAUAUACUGAGAGGUCUUCCUAAUACUUUGUCAAACCUGUUUUAUACAAAAUUGGGCCAUCAGUCAAAGUUGUGAAUUAUCUCCCUUAAAUCUCAAGUGUGACUCCUGUUGCUAAUUGUUCUCUUCCUGUCUCACCUGUAUCUCCUUGUGAACUUUAGGAGAAAAAUCUGAGCUAAAAUAAGAAUCACAAUUUUGUCUCUCAAGCUGUAGAAGAGUAAGCUUUGAGCAGGAAGAUUUUCCUCUGGGGACAGACAGAUUUUUUAGAUUUGCUCUUCAAGAAUCUCCUUUUUCAGGAAAUCAGUGCUCACUUAACCCCAAUAUCAACUGUUUGUAGGAAAUGACAGCUGGGAAGAUCCUUUUAAAACAAGCAUGAACAGAGUCCGUUACAUUAACCACUAUUUCAGACUAAUUGGUUCCUCUUCCUCGCCUGAGGGCUGAUUCAGGUCACAGGAACCACAGUAGGAGACGUCUCACACCACUGUUCCUAGUGUGACAUCCCCUCCACAAUCUGGAAUACAAGCAGAGCCGCACCUUUAGGGAAUCAGAGAAAUAUCAUCCAUUACAUGCUUCACCCUUUUAAAAAAAGCCUUCUCCAUCACACCGAGGCUCUGCUUGUCCCACAGAUCCCAUUUAGAUGUCACUGUUGUUGUUGCAGUUGGCAGCUGUUAGCAGUUUGGCUACCUCAUGCUGUAACUGAAUUGAUGUCAGCCCAGAAAGUCUGCAAGAUUUAUGACCCAAACAGUCACAGAGACAUAGAGGUUUUAUGUCUGGAAAGGAAAAGCACAAACUUGUGAUCCUUUUUAAACACGAAAAGGCAUCACAUUUUAGUUAAAAUGGGAAAAAGAAGAAGCAGCUAUUGUAAAUACAGUACAGUAAUUUGCAAAAAAAAAGAAAAGAAAAAAGACUAGCUAGCUCCCUUUCUUAUUCAGGAACAUGUAGUUUGGAUCUUGACUCCACCCUACAUGUGAUUGAAGUACUGAUUUUGUAUGGGUGUUUUAUAAGGAUUGCUCAUGCAGGGAAUUAAUCAGACAUAUAUUCACAGUAAAAAAGGUCCAGAAGUGACUCUGCAUGUCUUGUAAAUAUCAGGUUGAUGAUGACAAACUGAUGGUUGGUGGAUCUUCAACGAAACCUAAAGCAAUAUUAAUGAUAAUGUCAGUGAGACGCCCACGGGGCGGAGAGAGGAAUCAGGCGUAGCACAUCAUCUCCACAUCGCUCACUCUCACUCAUCCUCUUUUGUCACUCUUGUAAAUACAAAGAUACGUGAUCUGCAUGUGUAUAGUGCAAAAAUACUAACGUUUCUUACUGCAAGGCUUAUGCAAGAUUUUAUACAACGCUGCAUCAAUCCUUUAACCACACAUCCACAGUAGGUAGAAAACGAUGCCUUUAGCUGGGAACAUGAGCUCAUGUCAUGUUUACAUGUUUGUUGUGAAAUCCUUUCAUUGAAGUUUGCCUCAGAAGGCGUGGUGCUGCCUCUGGGGGGCGCUAUUUGACACAUGAACAGUGUGGGAGGCAAGGAAAUGAACCAAGUUGCCCUGUUUGGUUGAUUUAACCAGGUACUGCUGCUUAUUUUUAAACUGUGCUUCCAAGAUUGUGCCAAGAAAUUAGAAUGAACGGACAGAUGACAAAUUAAAGGAAAAACUUGAACUCUUGACCCCUACAGUGAGGCUGUGAGGGGUAUUUUGCUGCCAUUGUUCGGAUCCACUUGUGUCUUUAGAGGUAAAAGUCACCGAGUCAUUUUUAUCGUGAUGGAAGGGGUCAUUCUCUCAGGAUUACAAUUCCCCCUCAAUUAGAACGUGAGGGCUGAUUAAAUGGUUUGAUAAAAAUGAUGUUAAUCACAUGUUAAUGCCGUAGCAGUCACCAGAUCAUGAGAGGGAUUCUGGACCAACAUAUCUGACAAACGCUCUCCACCACCAUCAUCAAAACACAUAAAUGAGGGAAUAUCCUAUGAAAUAUCUAGUAGAUUUCCCAAGACUUGGAGAAGCAAUACUAAGACAUAGUGGAAGGCCACCUUGCACCUUACUAAAACACUUUAUGUUGGGUUUUCCUUUAAUAUGUCACCCAUCUGUAGACGGUGUUACAGAAAUCCAACAUACCAGAAAAAUAAUAAGAUUACAACACACUUGUUUGCUGCCUUGUCUGGAAAUAUAGAUUAACAAAUUCAAAUGGUUUGGCAAACAUGUCAAGAAAAUCUUAAAAUAGUUCUUCAGAGCGAGAUCAGCUGCUGAGCAACCUUUUUGUUUAAGGGGAUUGUUCUUCACAUAUCUAAUGUGGAGCUUUAAAGUACUCGUUUCCUCGUUUUAAUUGGUUCUCUUUGGUUUGGUGGCAGGUAAAAGCAUAAAACUUGAGCUGAUGCUAGCAACUAUUUCAUUAUUGUUUCAUCUGCAGACUAUUUUCUCAAUAAAACAUCUGAAAACCAUGAAAAAUGCCCAUCAAUUUCCCAAAUUCCAAGCUGGCAUCUAAAAACGUGUUGUUUUGUCGGACCAAGAACCCAAAAUGAUGCAUUUAAUUUAAAGGGAGGGACCAGAAAUGCUGCAAACUCUUGCAUUUGACUUAUUCUGCUUAAAAUUCCUUCCAAUUCAUAUCAUUAAAAUAGAACCAGGUGGAAUCUGGUUUCUUAAAGGACCUAGUUUUUGCUAAAGUUCUUUGGAGCAGAAGUUAAGGUGCCUAAAAGAACCGGUUUUGAUGACUUCUUCUUUGAAGAACCUCUUGUUUGUUCAUUGUGGAUCUAAAAAAUGGCUGUAUUGCAGAAAACUACUUUUAAUUCCAGUUAACAUCUUUAUUUUCUGAGUGUAUCUUGUAAAAAAGUGUGUGAAGGACUUGCUGCAUGUUAGCAAUUAGCCCUGCUGUUGUUGGUCUGUAUGCUAAGCUAACAGUGCUUUAGCUUUGGAGUAGCUAGAGGCCACAGAGACAGGAACAGACAUGACAUUGUGCUUUUGUUAAUGCCAUAUUACACAGACUUUAAUUAGAAGUUAAUUGGGGAAAAAUGUGUGCAAUUAUCUGAUGAUAUUCAGGAAUUUCUUCCAGCUUUCUCUCACUUGGUGCAAAGAAUCAAGAAUCUGGCAGAAAGCUGCAAAGUCAUUAAUGAGAAAGGUUAGAUCUGAAUAAAAUCCUGCCAUCUGGUGACUAGAAGGCAGCAACCAGCUUGAAAUAAAGCGUCCCAAGGAGUAGGAAUGUGGGUGUUUUCCUGUUCUUUCCCUUCUGUUGACAGAGAAAUAGAAAUCAGCAUACUGCCCAAAUUUUAGCGAAUCUCAAGUGAGUUAAAGAGAUUUAGAGAUUUUAGAAUCUCCAUUUCACCACAGAUAUAUCUGUUUAAAUGCACGGGUUGCUAAGAAAUUCAACUGAUUCUGUCCUCUGUGCAGUGCCAGAUAUCACUCAAGGUAAAUAAUACUUGCAAACUAGGCUGAAGUCUCAGCUUUAGAAACUGCAGUCCAGAAUAAUUCAGAAACAUUGAUCAGUAAUUCCAUUGAAAAGUGAAAUUCUGACAUUUACAUACUGAUAUUUCACAGGCUGGUGGAGCUGCGGCUGGAAAGCUCCAUACAUUUGCAAAUAUGUUUUUCCUUUUUAAGUGAGGAUGAAAGAAAUGCUCCAUCCAGAGCACACAUAAUAAAACCUCUUUUUGAGGACACUUUUGUGCUUCGCAGGGUGAAAGAACGCGAGCCUCCUUUGGAUAUCAGCACGCCGGAAGAAUAGUUCUGUAGGUUCAGGCAAUCACAGCUGACGAAGGCUUUAUGAAAGGAUUUCACUUCCUGUCAUUCAUCCUUGGUCUGAUGUUUUCUGUUUCAUUACACAUCUGAGCCGCUACUCACAAAGCCUCUCAGAACAGAAGUGCCGAUCUGUGUGUGGGUAGGGGGAGAUUUAAUAAAAUGUUCUUUCAGA